GUGGUGCAAUGCUAAAAUACAAAAUAAGUGCGAACUUUGCCGCGGCGGUUGGUUUGUGGUCGUGGUCAAGAUAUGGUUUGGAGAUGGCGACGUUACAACCAAACCAAUAAACUCGCAACGAAUUAGCGAUUCUAAUUUUAGCGUGUGUAGCAACAAUAAGACAAUUACAAUAUCACACAGAAGGGAAGAAGUCAACAACAACUAAACGUUCAGCUGCAGCAGCUGUCUGCAUGUGUGAGUGUCUAGCGCGUCCGUGUGUGUGUGUAGAAAGUGUGCACGUCAGGCGUUGGCUAGCCAUGUCCAGAAUUACAUUGACCACGUUAACACACGCAGGCAGAGGUAUCAACAACAGCGGCAGCGAUAACAGCAACAACGAUACCCGCACAGGAACUCUGACACAUCUUAUGGAAGAGCACCAGCCGAGAGCGGGAGCAGGAGGAGCGACAACGCCUGCGGGCGGACUGAUAUCAGAUGGUGCGGAACGACUACGACGUCAGGGCAGCCGACUGCAAACCUCGCGCUUUGCCUGCCUACGAUGUUGCGGCAACUUUCUCACCUAUCUGGUGCGCUUGCGCAGCACGCCCGAGGAGCUGGAACAGCGCUACAAAUCCAAAGAGAUUGAUAAGUUUUUGGAGAAGGAGAAACAUACAUUUCGGCGGCAGGUAAAACUGCUGCUGUUGGGUGCUGGGGAGUCUGGCAAGUCAACGUUCCUCAAGCAAAUGCGGAUCAUACACGGCGUCAAUUUUGAUUCCGAACUGCUGCGCGAAUACCAACAUGUGAUAUACCAAAACGUUAUAAGAGGAAUGCAAGUACUGCUAGACGCUCGGGAAAAACUGGACAUCUCCUGGGGAAACGAUGGCCGCGAGCAGGACGCUAACGAUGCCAAAUUAAUGGAAUGCAACGCCAUAGAGGCCCUCAGAUUCAUGGAAUUUGCACCGCUAAUACGCCGCCUUUGGCAGGAUCGCGGCAUUAGAAGAGCUUACGAAAGACGGCGUGAAUUUCAAAUUAGCGAUUCCGUUAGCUAUUUCUUAGACGAAAUCGACCGGCUGGCCAAACCGGAUUAUGUCCCCACGAACAAAGAUAUAUUGCACUGUCGCAAGGCAACCAAGGGUGUCUACGAGUUUUGUGUUAAAGUGCAGAACAUUCCAUUUGUGUUUGUCGAUGUGGGCGGCCAGCGGACGCAGCGCCAGAAGUGGACAAAAUGCUUUGAUACAUCCGUCACAUCAAUUAUAUUCCUUGUAUCUAGUUCAGAGUUCGAUCAGGUUCUUGCCGAAGACAGAAAAACCAAUCGCCUUGAGGAGUCAAAGAACAUAUUCGAUACCAUUGUCAACAAUAACACCUUCAAAGGUAUUUCAAUUAUAUUAUUUCUGAACAAAACGGAUUUGCUUGAACAGAAAGUACGCAAUCCAGAGACUGAUAUACGCUGGUACUAUCCGCAAUUUAAUGGGAAUCCGCACUCCCUUUUGGACGUCCAAAACUUCAUACUGCAAAUGUUCAUGAGCGUUCGCCGCAGCAGCAGCACCAGUCGGAUCUACCAUCACUUCACUACUGCCAUAGAUACGCGCAACAUCAAUGUUGUGUUCAAUUCGGUCAAAGAUACGAUAUUGCAGCGUAAUUUAAAUGCUUUGAUGCUGCAGUAGUACUAUUCGCAAUUCGAUCAACUUCUUUCGGUGUAGUCCUGAACAAGAACCAGAACCAGGUCUAGGGGUUUCGCGCCAGACUGACAAUCUUUUUAUAGUUAUACAUACAUAUGUACACAUAUAAAAAUAUGUCGUGUAUGCAUUUACAUAUUUACUGCACAUAUCCAUAUAACGAACGCAAGUGCCAGCUGUCAGGAAUCUUUAAUUUUUUAAAGGCCGCCCCAACCCAAAUUGUUGUUAACUUUUUAAAAUGGUUUAAUUAUUCAUUAAUUUUGUAUUAAAGGAAAUUUUAUUAUUUUUUAGCAUUUACAUAUAGUAUAAUCUACUUUAUUUAUGCACAACUGUAUAUAAAUUAUUUUGUAUGUGUUCGUAAUCGCUUCCUGAUCCUGCUAUCAAACAGACUUCAACGCCAUAUGCAUACAUAAACUAACCAAAAACUUAUAAUACGUGCUCCCAUUUUUUGUAUCAUGUAUUUAGGUAAAUUCCUCUUUGCCUUUUGCUACAAUAACUUUUUACAAGCGAACAUAUAAAUUAGUCGAAAAUCGAAUAUAUUGCAGUAUAUAAAAAGUGAGAGAGAUCGAGCCUAAUGUUAAGAAGCGCGCUUUCUCAUAGAGUAAAGUCAGCAACGUAACCAACAAAUGUACCAAUUAAAUGAAAACGAUCAAUAUAUAAUAAAUGGAACCAAUCGAAUUCAAAUGUAA